AUGGAAAUACAAGUCUUUCAUACUGAGGGGGAAAGCGGUAGCGCAUUCGAACGGAUCAAUUACCCACUCAAGGAGGCGACCUGCACUGGACAGUCCGUUCUGGACAUUCUGACCGAUUUGGUCAACACCGCGACGGGGUCGUGGGUCAGAGUAAGGAAGAUCCUGGAGGCAGUGGGGGACAAGAGGCUGUCUGAUCGCGUCGGCGAAUUCUUCCAAGGAUAUGUCCGGCACCACCUUUACUGCAGCCGGUAUAAACUCGGGAUGGUCUGCGCAGAGUCUGGAAAUCAAGAGCUGCUGCGCUUUCACCAGAUGAGUCUCGAUGUGGUGGGGGGCAGUGAGACGGAAUGA